UGUCAGUCAGCAGUCGGUUUCCGUUGUGACUUUGAGCGGUUUAUUGUUGUUGGGCCCGGGCCCAGGGCAGCAGGGCGACGGGGAGAGUGAGAGUGAGCAAGCGAGGCUGGGCCGCGCUGGGCUCCGAGCGCACGGCCUGACAUCGCCAUCCCAAGAUGAGCAUGCACGGCAAGAGGAAGGAGAUUUAUAAGUACGAGGCGCCAUGGACCGUGUACGCCAUGAACUGGAGCGUGCGGCCCGACAAGCGGUUCCGCCUGGCGCUCGGCUCCUUCGUCGAGGAGUACAACAACAAGGUGCAGAUCGUGGGCCUGGACGAGGAGAGCUCCGAGUUCAUCGCUCGCAACACCUUCGACCAUCCGUAUCCCACCACCAAGAUCAUGUGGAUCCCCGACACCAAGGGCGUCUACCCCGACCUGCUCGCCACCUCCGGAGACUAUCUACGGGUCUGGAGGGUGAGUGAUACAGAAACCAGGCUGGAAUGCUUACUAAAUAAUAACAAGAACUCGGACUUCUGUGCACCUCUGACCUCAUUUGACUGGAAUGAAGUGGACCCAAAUCUCUUGGGUACUUCCAGCAUAGAUACCACUUGUACAAUUUGGGGUCUGGAGACAGGACAGGUACUCGGCCGAGUCAAUUUGGUCUCUGGUCAUGUGAAAACGCAACUUAUUGCUCAUGAUAAAGAGGUUUAUGACAUUGCAUUCAGCAGGGCAGGAGGUGGUAGAGAUAUGUUUGCCUCUGUGGGUGCAGAUGGUUCAGUGCGAAUGUUUGAUCUUCGGCACUUGGAGCACAGCACUAUCAUCUAUGAAGAUCCCCAACACCAUCCAUUGCUUCGCUUGUGUUGGAAUAAGCAAGAUCCCAAUUACCUAGCUACCAUGGCAAUGGAUGGAAUGGAGGUGGUUAUUCUCGAUGUUCGUGUGCCCUGCACUCCUGUGGCCCGGCUGAACAAUCACCGAGCAUGUGUGAAUGGCAUUGCUUGGGCUCCACAUUCUUCUUGUCACAUCUGCACUGCAGCGGAUGAUCAUCAGGCACUUAUUUGGGACAUCCAGCAAAUGCCACGUGCCAUUGAAGACCCGAUUUUGGCCUACACAGCAGAAGGAGAAAUCAACAAUGUUCAAUGGGCAUCAACCCAGCCUGACUGGAUAGCCAUUUGCUACAAUAACUGUCUUGAGAUCUUACGGGUGUAGUCCUGUUGAUCUACACUAGUCAAGGGAGGGAGAUGGGGGCUAUUGUUUGUAUGUAAGUGUGAAUGAGAUAAAGUUAAGGAUGUUUGUGCAGAUUCUCAGUGUUGUGUUAUUGUAUACAGAGUGCAAUUGGCCCAUUAUGGGUCCAAAGUAACUUUCUUUGGGAUUCCCGAUUCGUUUCUCCUCCCUUACACCCCACCCCGCAAAAAAACUUCCUUUUAAAAAUAUUGCUUAAACCAUAUGGUAAUGAAGCUUUUAUUCAAUCGACAAACCCUUUUUCUCAAAGACCAUCCUGUAGCAAUCUUUUUAAAAAUCACCUAAGUACGCAAUUUACAAUUGGGCUGAUAGCAACUGGGAUCAGUCCAGUUCAGAAGAAUUGUUUUCUGAUCCACUGCAGUCAGGGGAUUUACUGAAAUCCGGUGUGGUAUGUUUUGUCGCUGCAGCUGUGAGCUGCCGUUUAUGCUAGGUGUGACAGCAGUUUUUUUUUCUUUUCUGUGAGGUAAGAACUAGUCCUUUCAGAAAUUAAUAUUGAGAAAUACUUUGACUCCCUGAAGUGUCUAUCUAGGAGAUCUUGUGAUGAGAAUGCUGAGUGAUGCAGUCAGCAGUGAUCAGUGCUUUUUGAGCAUGCACUUCAGUUGACAGUUUGUAACCCUGAUUCUGCCCCAGUAUCAGAAAUGCUCAUCUCUAUUCAUCUGCCUUCAUGAUCAUUCUGAAUAUGCCUGGCCAACAAACAACUGAACACUACUGACAGCACUUGUGGGAGAAAGCUGUGGAAUGCUUUUUUUUGUUCAGUUAUGUGUUUUUCCAGGUCAGGUCCCCAGUGCACCUCUGUCUCUUGGUAAUGUCAAUGAGAUGCUAUUCUUGACUCUGGGAAACUGGGAACAUUACACAUUGAUGGAAUGUAGCUGUAGUUUGGGCAUUGUGCAGUGAUUGUUGCUGGUACUGACUGACUGCUGUUGAGAAUCACCAUUUUACUUUGACUGAACUGGCAGAUGUCCUCAACUUGUAGUUUGCGUAUUGCUGGUGUGUUCCCCACAUCCAGCCACCUAGCUCUUCCUUCGGCAUGUUUGUAAAAUCACAAAAUGACUUUGGACAGACUGCCUGCAGUUGCCAUGGACCUCUUGUGGCUAUCAGCUUCUAACUUGUACCUUGGUACAAGCAUUGAAUUUGGAGUAUGUUUCCUGUAAAAUUGGAUUAUUGAGUGCUAUUUUUUAUAAUACAUGCCAUUGUGCUGAAGUGGGAGCUCAUGACUUGAGAGCCAUGCUUUUCCAAACUAGUUGUAUUACAUAUUUUGCAGGUCUGGGGGAAUAGUACAAUUUAUUUGGUCUUGACUGCAUUUUUAUCAGCUGAAGCAGCCAGUUAAACAUUGGCAAAAACAACUUCAUGUUAUGAAGUGUGACUUCUUCAGGUAAUUGAAACUCAGUAAUGCUUUACAGCAUUCUCUUUGUCAUUUCAUGCCCAUUCUGCUACUGCCCACCUACACCCUAUCUAAAGCAGUGUUUAACAAACACUGAAUAAUGUUAUUUAAGAGAAUGGACAGAAGAGCAUGCUGUGAUGAAGUACAGUUGAAUUGCAAUAAAAAUAUCAAUCUUGCAUAAUGCAGUUCCAAUUCUGCAUCAGUGAUUGUCUUGGGUUCUGUUUGUGUGCUCUAUUUGUCCAGUCCCUUGCCUCUGAAUUCCAGGCUUCUUGAUCUCUGAAGGUGGUACAAACCCAGCAUACUUUCUUAUUUUUUUUGAUGGAGGGGAGAGAGUGAUGUGUUUUGUCUUUGCUUUAUCAUCACUGUGGAUUUAGUGAUCUGAUUUGAGUGUAGAGUUGUAGAGGUAGGGAUAUAUGUAUGUGUUUCGACAUUUACAGAAUAACUAGAGUUCUUUCAAACUGCUUUAGAUGUUAAAGCAAGAGUACAGGUGAGGGGGCUACCAUUCACUUCCAGUUAAUACUUGCUGGGGGUUUCACAGACCAAUUUUGUUGGGAAGAACGUUUAACAUUUGGGUAUCUCAGCAUGUGAGGGGAGAAGGUUAUUUCUUGCUGCGUAAAAUUGAGUGAAACCCACUCCCUAUCGAUUUCCUUUUCCCUUUAAUGGAAAUGCAUCUAUAUUCAGUCAGCCUCUUGGUGUGUCUGUAGACAGCUGCACUCCUGCAGAGAUGCUAAUCAUGCAGAACAUUUAUUAAUGCCCCCCCCCCUCCCUAAACUCACCACCUUUAAUAUAUUGAACAGUGACUUGAUACAGCGACACAAUUUGGGAGAAUUUUUAGAAGGAGGGGAUAUUGUGCGAUCAGUGGGAAGAAUGGAUGCAUGCUCUAGAUGGGAAGUGAACCACCAGUUUCUAAUCCAGAGCACUUAAAGCGGGUUUGAAGUGGCUGUGAUUUGAGGUUGAGUUUGUGCAGUGGAUGCAUGUGCUAGUUUCCUAUGACCUGGCUGAGCAAUGAUUUGUACAGUUCACUAGUUGGAAUAUUGGAGUUAAGUUUAUAAUUAGGUUCAGGAUUUUUGAACUGUUACUGGGUACCAGAGGUUACAAGUAUCACUAUAGCACUGAGCUACAGUACUGGUUAUACAGGUCUGUCACUAAGAGGGUCUUUCAUUGCACAUUGGGUAGAGUGCUAGUGGAUUUGUGUCACUAGUGAAGAGAGCAAACUGAAUUAAUAAAUAGUAAUAUUGCAAAGUUGAUUUGCACAUUGGAGUCUUUAAAUAUUAUGUAAUAAUAACUUAUAAAUUCCUCCCAGUGAUGGUACUUGAGACCUACUGGAUGAGUUACUGGUGAAUAAUGAGUAGCUGUGGUGUCUUUAUUUUCCAGUUCUUUGACGGUAAACAUUUUGACAGUCAAUAUUGGUGCCCUCUUGAUCCCAACUGACUGGGAGUACCCACGAUACAGCCCCUCCCCGACCACUAUUAUUUGAGUUUUUCCAACAUCUGGUAACUUUUUUUUGUAACUAACUGCCUGACUCUUCUCUAAUUACUGUAGCAAUCAAUUAUUUGUAGCCAGUGGUGGUCAGCGUGGCCAAGUUGAAAAAUUGAGUUGAGGGGAUUAGUUGUUUAAGAUCCUGGGUGUUCACAUGUCUGAUUCUAUUAGCUUCAAACUGUAGAAGGGGUCAGGUUUUCAAUUUAAUUGGCACAAUUUGUUGUCUCGAGUUUUAUUAAAGUGACCAAAUAGUGUGAUCUGUUGCCACCCACUGGUAAAUGAGCUGUAAUGUAAAACCAUUCCUGCUUAAAAAUAGUGGUUUGUAUUGAAACCCAGGCUCCUCACUAUGUUGUAGAAGUGAAUAAUAUAGGUGAAAUGAUGACAUAAAAUCAGGUUCAAGCCCCAACAUGUGUUGAAAUAACCCCAAUCAAUUUGACACAUUAUUUGAGGAAUAUUGUGCUCAGUCUUUUGGGUUGAUGUGUUCCCCUUCCUGUUCAGUUUUGAGCUGGUGUCUCCAUUUUUGAGUGUGGGAUAAUCGUUCACUCCGUGAAAACCAGAGAAAAUAAUGUAUGUGCGAGAUUCUGUUUGACUGAUGUGUAACCUUUUUCAUUUGUUGGCUUUUAGUAAAAAGGUGCCCAGUUUGCUUGCCAGGCUAUGAUACUGCUUGGUGACUCUUAUCCUUUGAGCUGUUGUACAUGCUGAAAGUUCCACAUCUUCAGUAAUGAGUCUUUCCGCUGUAAAUAUAGUGUACCUCUUUACCUGUCUGAUUCUGCUGUACAAAAAUGAAAAUGGUAAUUUUACACAAGUCUCUUUUCUACAGCAUAUGUUGUAAACUUCUGUUUCUGGUCCAAGAAAAAGCUGACACACUGAUACCAUUUUUUAAAAAGAUCAUGGUGAGAAAAAGAUCCAAGAUUUUCUUGUGAUAUGAUAAAAUCAUCAUGGCAAGACAGAAUGCUGUAUGCCAGAUUCACUGAUCUCUGUCGAAUACAGCUAUUGGCUUAGCGUCCCCUUAUGCUGAAGAAUUUCUGGUUGUGGCACUGAUUAUGGUUUACUCUGGGUUCGCGUUAGGAAUUGGAAAUUAGUUAAGAAAUUGGUUAAGAAGCAGAUUUUGUACCUGAAUUCAUUUCCUAUAUUUGCAAAUUCUCUAAAUUGGACUAUACACCAUCACUACUCAAUUUAAAACUAGCUCGCUCAUUCACCUAAUACAGCCACGUGGUGCCAUUUCUUGCACUGUAUGCCCAAUUAGCACGUACAGUGGGCAGCAUUUUUGUCGACUGGCUUAUAUUUCUCUGUAGUACUGAACUUCUUCACAAAUGUUCGAGAAUAACAUUAGCUCAGAUAUGGAUGGUUCACGUCAUUGCAAUCAAUAUCAACAUGAGGAUGUCGUAUAGCUUAAAUAGUGUAAAAUAAUUAUAGAUUGACAGUGGUAACUUCUGUCAUGAGCGAUGUAUGACAUGGGCUACAGUCCAAAUGGUUACUUUGUUGAUAGCAAAAGGAAUGGAAAUGAUAAAUUAUGUACGUUUAUUAGUAUUGUUGUUCCUCAGUAUUUUAAGUAAAUUUGAGAUAAUACGUUAUAGAGGGUGGCAGCUCUGUAGCUGGUCUAGAUUGAGAUGUGGGGUCAUAGUAAUUGUAUCAAAGCUUCUUCAUCCCCUUUCCCAACACCCACUUACAAGCUCUCCCUAGCAACUCCCACUUCCCCCACAAGAGCAAGAAUUAACCUACGCUAUGGUUUGCCUUCAGUUGCCCUCAGCUGAGCACAUGGGUUUCUUAUGGGGUUUGUUUCUGCACACAGCUUGGAGUUUUCACAGAUUUAUUUAAGUAAUACAAGGUUAGUUUGCUGUUGAAUGUGUUCCUUUCUGCAUGACUCAUUUUUUAAAAACUUUUAGUGACAUUCAAAGAAGUUCAUUUUAAAAAAAAAUUACUGUAAACUCUGAACAGAUGGGCUCCAGAGCAUCAGUGAGCCCUUGUAUUUCAUAACUGACUGCUGUUGGAUAUGAGGGUUUAAUUUCGGUGGUUUGUUUAUUCUAUAGCUCCUCCGUACAUUGCUGGUUCAUCGCUCGGUCCCUACCUUGAUGUAAGAGGUGCUAAUGUGAAGCAUUGCAGACUGGAUACAGUCACUGCCACAGUACUUAUUUAGGACCCAUGUUUUCAAAGCCUGUUGCUGUGUAUUAAGUCAUUAAUUUGUACGGUAUGUUUUAUAUGCUGGUUAAAUAUCUGCUAUGUGUUCCUGGUAUUUGGAAGGAGGGACAUGUGGUCUGAUUCUGAUCCCUGUACAUUACACUGCAUACCUGAUUCUUACAAGAGCAGCAUGUGAUUUACCAUUGUGUUUACAUUUUGUGUUGUUACUGUGACAACAUCAGUGUGAUAGAUUUUAGUGAAGUCUAACAGGGCAGCUGAGAGUUUCAGAAUGUGAUGCUGCAAAUAUAGUUUCUUCACUCGGAUUCAACAAAGGCCAGUUGUGCUUACAUUGUUAUUAGUUCUUGCUGACCUGGGCUGUGUUGGGAGUGUGGGUAUUUGCAACUGGAUAUAGGAUUCAUUGGUGCUGGAGACAGUUCUGGAGAAUGAAUCAAACAAGGAUUGUAUGAUAUUGGAUUGUGAGAUUUCUUGGUGUUUUUAUUACCCACUCCAUUGCGCAAUGCUCCAAAGUGCUGAAUCAAAGGUUUUUUGGGAGAAUAGCCUUCUACUUUGGUCUAAGUUGACUGUAGCCAGCACAUACAGGGAAGGUUUGUAAUGUUGACAAGUGGAAGAAUGAAUUCAAUCUGUUGUUUUCCUGUGUGGAGGCAGAGUACAGUUUUUUUUUUGUACACAGUGCAAACUUCCCUCCGAUAUCUCACCCAGGAGAUCAUCACUUGGGUCUGUAUGGAAUGUGUCAGCAGGCUGUUUGGCCAAAGGCACUGUAGCUGAGGUUUAUCCCAUCCUUGCACUUUCCUGGGAGGAGAGUCCUCAAUUAUUGAUCAGCAAUAGAAAUUUGACCCAAAUCUACCACUCCCCACCCGAUUGGAACUGAACUUGAAGCACUUGCUGCACUGACAGAUCAGUAAUUUGUAGAAACUACACACAGAGCUUGGCUCAGGCUUAUGUCUCUGACAUGUAACAGGUUCUUUAUCCACUGGAAGAGGCAAGUGUGUUGAUGUAAUUUAACCCUUGCUUGUUUGCUGCAGGCAUCACACUUGGCCAUUAACCAAUUGCUUCCCUAGACGCCUUUAUUAAAUGUGUCCUCACUCCAGAAAUUCACUGUUAAACAUUAAGCACACUAGUUUUGCUCUGACAGGCCCCAUCUUUAUUUUGGUGUGCAGUGGUUGUAGUUUUAGACAAUGUGUCAGUGAAUGCUGAUAGCCUGCGUGCUUAACAAUCCGCUUCUGAAUUCUAUGGCUUAAAAGUAAUGUUUUAGCUGCCAUCUGCUGAUCUUUUUGUUAUUCUUUGUUCCAUCAGAUUCCAGACUUGAUUGCGUAGCACAACCUGAGUUUGUUUACUUCAGUUGACAGUAUUUCUAGAUGUAUGUGCCAGUGAGGUGUGUAUAGUAUUAGUUCAUGCUGCUUGGAAAGUGCAAAGUACAGAUUCUGGUUUGGAAAGAGAUUCAGUCAUUAAAGGCUGCCAGACAUUUUUGUGUUCAGUCUGAUUGAAGUAGAUUGGGGUGGAAAGUGGAGUGUAUGGUCAUAAAUUUCAAAAGGGUUAAGUAUUUGUAUGGUUCCUUGAAACAACACAACAGCCCCUUUCUUGAACACAGAAUCUGCAGCAUUUUAUUUGUAACCUAGCAGUCACUGAUCCUCAACUAAACAGCCCACUACAAACCAGACUGUCAAGUUCCCCAUUUCAGGGACCGUCACUUUAUUCACUUAAUUAAAGGUUUUCUUUGUUGAAGCUGUUAAUGUAAAAUCCCACCUUGCACGUUGCCUCCCCCUCGUUUUUUAAAUUAUUCCAGUCCAUGCAAUAUCUCUGACAUUUUUAUUCUUCUGAAGGUUUGUUGUAGUGUAAUAAGUGCCCCAUCCCCCUCCUUCAUUUUAAACCUCUUGCCUGGCAGCUUGGUUUUGAGUAUAGCUGCCAUGUGUUUUUUUUAAGUCGUUAGUUCAGAUGCUGUAUGUCAGACUGAAGCAGGAAUCUUUUUAAAUUCCUCCUGUCUUGAUUUUUUUUUUAAAAAGAACACAAUGCAUCUUUGGAAUUACACAAGCUGAACAUGUUCAUGAGGCAUUGUUUUCUCGGCAAUUUACCGAGGAGUUUGUCCUAGCACUUUCGGUUGGUGCCCUGAGGUGUAAUUGCAAGGCCAUUGCAUUUAAUGUUGGAAGGAGAAACCAUCUUAUGUUGAAGAAACGAUUUGUCAUUAAUUUAAAGUCUUCAAAUUUUUGAAUGUCCAUUUACCCUGUAAAUGGCACUUUUUAAUAUUUAUAUUGUGUGAUUUUUGUCCGGUUUCUGUUCAUUAAUGAAUGCAUAGCUGAAUGCUUUCUUAGAACUGUAGAAUGUUUUUGUUUACAAUGGAAUAUAUAAUAUGUUAACUUUUUCUUAAUAAAAUUAUUGAAGCGUG